GAUGGGAAGAAAACCGGGCAGUGGACAUGUCAACUCAGAAGGGCUAACGAGAAAAACUGCUGUGGCCCCUUGCAGGGCUGGCUUGAUCUUUGGGUGUACGGCUUCCAACUAUGUAAAAGCUCCUCUCCAGGCUGCUGCUGUGCCUUUAACAGCAGCUUGAUCUGCAAAACCACCAAAACAAAGAGCAAAUCAGCAGGUUAAGAUAAGCAUGGUUGCCAGUUUCUGGCUGCAGAUCCAGCUAUUUGGCACAAGAACAGGGGCCUGUAAAAAAAUGGGCAGCCCUAUUUGGGUGGCUGCUGUGGGAUACCCACUCUCACUGAGGCACCAGGACAUUCUUCUGUGAGCACCUCAAUUGAAUGGCAGGUGGCAAGCCUCCAGCAUGCCUCCCGAGGCCUACCUCUCCAUCUACCUGCUCACUAUCCUGACAGGCUUCCCCACCAACCUGCUGGCCCUGAGCGCCCUCAUCCAGAAGCUGAAGACCAAGGCCACCCCCAACUGCAUCCUCCUUCUCAACCUCACCAUUUCCGACCUCUGCUUCUUGGCUUUCUUGCCCUUCAAGGUGGCCGAGGAGGUCAUCGGCCACUGGCCACUCCCUGAUCCUCUGUGCCCCCUCAGCGGACUCGUCUACUUCAGCACAAUCUACUCCAGCACUCUCUUCCUCACGGCGGUGAGCGUGGAGCGCUACUUGGGCGUGGCCUAUCCUAUCCACUACAAGCUGAGGUGUCAUUCGGCCUACGUGGCAGUAGCCAGCUUCGGCCUCUGGGCCUGCUCCUUUGCCCACUGCAGCAUUGUGUACAUCACUGAGUUUCAACCGGACAACAAUACUCUACCAAGCGACAACUCCAGUAAGAACUGUUACAAAAACUUCACAGAUGGUCAGCUCGCAAUCCUGCUCCCCGUCCGCCUGGAGCUUGGCAUCGUCCUUUUCCUGGUCCCAUCCUUGAUCACCUUCUUCUGCUACUUUGGCUUUAUCAGGAUCGUGAUCUCCUCGCCGCACAUCUGCAGGAGCAAAAAGCAGCGAGCUGUAGGGCUGGUGGCAGCCACUUUAGCCAUCUUCAUCAUCUGCUUCUCACCUUACAACAUCUCCCAUGUGGUUGGCUUUAUCCAGGGGAGAGAUCCAGGAUGGAGGGAUGCAGCCUUGCUUCUCAGCACCUUAAAUGCUAGCUUGGAUCCUGUGAUUUUCUAUUUUUCUUCCUCUGCUGUGCAGCAUUCGUGUUGGGGCUUCCUGGCCCGGGUAGAAUGGGUCUUCUCUUUCCCUCCUGUCAUCCGUAAGCUCUUCUGCAGAGGGAUUGAAAAGCUGGGGGGAGCAGGUACUCAGGAGCCAGUUGGCUGUUCAAAGUUAUGACCUCCCACAUCUGUGGAAAUGCCCAGAGACUGAGAGUUUCUUUAUAAGCCAAGUGGACAGUGCUACAUUUGAUCUAGGGUUGACUGAAAUAGGUUCAGACCUCUAAAAAUGAAACUCUCAUGUCACUCACUUCUGUAGCUUCGGCACCUCUGGGCUUGCUGGAGGAGACAGCGCCUCUGAGCAUCUCCAGAGUACAUUUUCUACUCUGGACUGAGGAAUCACAACUGGGCCUCACACCUCUUCGUUCCUGAAGCCUAGAAGUAGUGGGGAGAUCCACCUCCCUUCAGCCUGAUGGAGCAUAAGUUUUGAUGAAAAACAAUUUAAUUUGACAAGUGCAUGAGGACUGCUUGAAAAGUUGGCAGGUUUAUUUACAAGCUGAUUCUGAGUUUAGGCCCCACCAUCAGGAGCUCAGUGGGGCUUGGAGGUCUCCUCUCUGUAUCCCUUGAGCCAUCAUUCUAUCCAUGAGGUUUUCCCCACUCCUUUUUUAUAUAUGUAUCUCCAAAAGUUACCUGUUGGUGGCUGUAGCUUACAACAGGGCCUCCACUGGACCCUAGGCACUGCUGUGAUUCUUGCAGAGACAUCCAAUAAACCUGGAGUCAUAUGAAAUGUAGUUCCCAUGGCUCCUGAUACCCUGGAUGCUGCUAUACAUAAUCAUAGCAGCAUCUAAAGCCUAA